GAGGAGUCUCUUCCUUUGUCUGCUUCAGUGAUUGUGCUUAAGAAAGCUGCAUAGAACAUUCUGUGUUUCUGUGUGCAACAAUGGGGUCCAUGCAGCUUAUUGUGUUUGGCUUUGUGCUUGCAUGUGUCGAGCUUAGUGACACUCGAUUUUUAAGUAUCACAGUGCCAACCUACUGGAGAGAUGAUGUGGAAGUCAAGCCACCAGCAGAACCUGAGAGAGAGCACUCCAGGGAUUCUGCUCAACAAGCUGGCAUGCUCCAGGCAGAUCAGAUCCAGCAUGCAGUCGAACCACUCUCCUGGAAGUUUCCAGAGGAACCAGUGGAUUCAGUUAACAAGCCCCCUGUCAAGUUUGAUCUGCGGCAGCGGGCAACGGACAACCGUGUUGCUGUGAGGUGUGGGGAAAAUAAGAUCCACGUGGAGGUGAGCCAGGACCUGCUGGGCCUGGGCAAGCUGAUAAAGCCAGAGGAAAUCACUCUUGGUGGCCAUUCAGCCACUGAGAUUGACAACUUGUCUCAUGUGCUGAUCUUUGAAUGUGAACUGCACAGCUGUGACAGCAUACUAGUGAUGACAGAGAAUGCUUUCAUUUAUGCCUUUGCACUGGUCUACAACCCCAAAGUGUCUGGCAGAAGUCACAUCAUAAGGAGCCAGAGUGCUGUCAUCGGAGUGGAGUGCCACUACCUGAGGUGAAAAAAGAUCAGCCUGCAAAGACUCACUGGAGUUUAAUUUGAAGAAAUCUGCUUUAUAUGUAAUUAAAUGAAAACAUAAUAAAAGUUUUAAUGUUUCAA